AUGCCUUCACAAUCAACCUCUCGCAACCGUCACAAUUACAGACAAACCAACAAGAGCGUCAGUUUUUCUCUCGAUCUCGACGAAGAAAACAACAAUUUUGAUGACUUUCCAUUCGAAGAGGACAAAAAGCACCGAUUGACUCAAUCUCCGAAAUUUACAUUCGAUGAUGACGAAGAUUCGAGCAUGCGUGAUGAAAGUGUGGUGGUCUCGUCGAUACCACAUCUCGAUUCACCUCGAUUUGAUUCGGAAGAUGAUGAAGACAUGUGCGACGAUGAUCAUAUCACUCCUCGUGCCGAAGAUAAUUUAUCUCAACCCUUGUCACAAAUUUCAUCAUCAGAAAUUGCCGAUUAUUCUUCAAUCAAAGUCAAAACAGAAAUUGAUGAACUGUUUGAAGAAUGUGAAAGAGAAAAACAAGAAGAGGAUCUCUCAUGGAAGCCUCGACCAUCAUCAGAUGUUAAAUCUCCAAUUUUAUUUUCAUCAAGCGUACCAACACAAGUUUCAUCUCCGAUUUUAUCGAGUCCAGUUGGACUAAGCCAAUAUCAAAAAGAACAACGUAACGUUUAUCAAUAUGAAGAUAUUAAGCAAUUGACACAACCACAAUCAACAACUUCAAAAACUGAAAAUAAUGAUGAUCCUAUUGAUUUUGAUCUUACUGAAUCUCAAUUGGAGAGUUUACAAAGAGAGGAUGAAAAAAGUACAUUUCACAACUUUGAACCCACAGAUAAAACUGGUUCAGAAGUGAAAGUGAAACAAGAAGCAAUCCUUGAAAAUGGUCACGCACCAGUUCAAAACUCAAAUGAGAAUUCAAAUCCGAUUAGCAAUAAUGGAGUUUCUACUGAAGCUCAAGAGCUUAACACACCAGCCACUGAUGCCAAUGUCAUCAUCAUGAACAAUGAUAACCAUGCAGUAACAGAGGAUGAUGAUAUUGAUUACUCUCAAAUUGAAGCAGCGCUCAGAGAAGCAGAUGAACAAGAAAAGCUAAAUCAUCCCCAGGAAAGUGUUGAAGAAGAAUAUGUGUCACCAAUGGAACAAUUUAGAUCCAAAAUACCAACUCAAUCCUCUCCUUCCCAACAUCAACAACCAAGAAAACAACCUCUUUCCAAACAUCCAAGCUCCUCCAAGGUCAAAGAUGAAAUUCAAAUGAGUCAAGAAUCUGGUUUGUUUCCACCACCAGUGAUUGUAGAUGAAAUUGAAAAUUCAGAAGGAUCACAAAUAGGAGAUUCUGUAAAACUUUCUGCUCCAACCAAGAGUCCAGAACGUCCUCUUACCUUUAGAGAGGCUGUAUAUAAGAAACAUAGUCAUUCACCUCCUGGAAAACCAAUCGUUCCAGAUAAGGAGCUUGUAGCAAUCAAAGAUCAAUAUGGAUUAAUUGUUUUUCAAAGAGGAAACAAUUAUGCCAAUGAAGAAAGAAUUUUUGAAAUGAAUGUCGAAACUAUUGAAGUUGAAGAGGGUGUAGAGUUGACAUUUCUCACCUCCAAAUGUUGGGGAACAUUAGAAAUUCCAUACACUCAAAGUAUUAUUUUUGACUCAAAAACCAUGAAUUUAAAGAAAUGUAAAUGCUCUUGCCCUGUGGAAGAUCAUUGUAAGCAUACUUGUGCUUGUCUCAUUACUUGGUUAGACUGUAAAAAGAAGAGUGUACCAUUUCCAUCUCUUAAUUCACUUGGAAAUCGAUUAGAAGCAACUCUAAAUGAAUUGAAUGACUUGAGAAAAGAAGUUGAAAGAUUAAGGAAAGAAAAUGAAUGUCUUAGAGAUAACUAUAGUACAAACAGUGAUGAUUCCAUGAAAGGAGAUGGUUGCAGCACUCCAAUAACAAAGAUGUUGAAUCAAGUACGAGAUGGUUUUGUUUCUUCCAACAGCAUUGAAAAGACUCCAAAUCAAUUAUCAUCCAUCUUUUCUUCUCCAAUCUCUCCCAGCUCGGUAGCAGAAUCGACGGAUCUCAAACGAAAACGAUCUACGUUUGCUCAAGGUGAAAGAGAUCCUCACAUUGAACUUGGAGAAACAUGUAAGAAAAUACAUUUUUAA